AUGGAUUAUCCCUCAGAAAAAGGGGCCCGGUCAUCUAAAAAGCCCACGAAAAAGGCCGAUUUUAAGCUGAGUCCAGCGCCCGCUCGCAGCAGUAAGUUCACAGGCUUGGCAGAUGAACUAGAAUCAUUAGCAGACGAUGGGCGCCGCCUUCAGCUGCCUGCAACCGGCGCGAUCCGAACACCCGCCCGGAGGCUCAAAGUGGGGACUCGCAGGCGUCGGCCCCCCGUGCUCCGCCCGGGGCCACCGCCUGCCCUGGUCUGCUCGGUGCCGGGGCUGAGACCCGGGAGCCGCGCGUCCUGCUCGAGGAAAUACCACCCACCCCAGCCAGCUCCUGGUAGACGAAGAGGAAGACAAACCUACAGUCGUUUCCAAACCCUAGAGCUGGAAAAAGAAUUCCUUUUUAACCCUUAUCUGACCAGGAAGAGAAGAAUUGAGGUUUCCCACGCUCUAGCCCUCACGGAGAGACAGGUAAAAAUCUGGUUCCAGAACAGGAGAAUGAAAUGGAAAAAAGAGAACAACAAGGACAAAUUCCCAGUUUCCCGACAGGAGGCAAAGGAUGGGGAAACCAAAAAGGAAGCCCAAGAGCUGGAGGAAGACAGAGCUGAAGGCCUGACAAAUUAACUUCUACCUUUAAAAUUUUAGCACAGACUAUUAAAACUAAUGAUCAACACAUGCUGUUGGACACCAUCUAUUUUCUUUGUUGGAAAAGACUUUACCUGUAUUUCAAGCUACCUUCAUGUCACUGCUCUUGAGGUUACUGCGCUUUGAGAGGGGUUUGAGUGUUAAAAGUUUUUAGUAUUGCAUAGAAGCAGCCCUUGAGCUGUCCUAUGUAAGGGUAAUUUGAUACUGACCUUGUUGCUAUAUUUUUAUAAUGGUAGUUUUUAAUGUCUGAGCUGAUGAUUUGCCUCAACAACAUAAACUUCCUAAUGAUUAGCACUAAAUAAUUGAAUAUAAAUGCUUUAUUAAUCAAACAAGUGCACUUGAACACUUAAAAUCAUUUCUUUAUGGUGAGUAAAUUAAAAGAGAUCUAUUAAUUUUUUAAAAAUUAUGCCUGCAGAAUAUUUACUUUAUGUUAUUUGAUUAAAAUGUAUUAUUUAUGUUUUCUUUUUCUGCUUUUAUCAUGAAUGGUUCGGGUGCCUUUUGUUUACUCCUAAAAGGUUUCUUUGAGUAUUUUGUAAAUGUAAUAUCUCUGGGAAAAGUCUGGGCCAAAUAUUCAUAAAGCACAUGUUAGCUGAAGAGUGUAAUGUGUAGUCUGGCUCUGCAGCUUCCUUAAACUUGGGGAAAAUGUUGGGCCAAUGACAAAAGUUUCAGGAAAAUGUCAUAGUUGACGUUUAAUAAUUUUCUGUAGUCUAUACAAAUUAUGACAAUUUCAUCAUCUAAAGUGAAUGAAUACUUGAAAAGCCAAUUAUAAGAUUUUCACUCAUUAACUUUUCACUCUGGCAAGUCGCCUUGUGGAAUGCCUCUCAUUUCUCAACUUGCUUUCGUUUUGAACUGCGCUUGGUAUCGCCUGAAAUCGCUAGGUCUCUAUGCUGUGGCCGCUGCUGUGAUUCCGUUUUUUAAAUAGGUGCCAUAUUUAUUUGUAUUCCCUUCGCUCUGUUUGCACGCCCAUUUUGAGCCAACUUGUGUGCGUCUCAGAUGUCGGUUGGUACGUCCUCUGCUGUUCUCCAGGAAGGCCUCACCUAUUGAAACAAGCCCUGAGAGCAAAUGCAGAAAAAUCUGAGUGUAAACAACCGCUCCAGAACAUAGCUAGCUCCUUAAUAAAGAAAUGAAUCUUU